GAAAGCCCCAGCCCACAGGGAAGGGGACUCGUGGCCAGCAGAGGCUCUGCCCGAGUAGGGAGCAAGGAAAAAAAGCAAACUUUGGAGCUCAGAGACGAUCACAAGGAUUUCAUUGAUCCAUCAGGUUCCACGACCCUCUGCUCGCUGAGCCCGGCGGCUCUCCUGCGGCUCCUCCCGCGUGGCAUAUCUGGGCGCCCGACACCCGGUCAGGGCCAGCUGGGCCUGUCCCCCAACCCCGUCUACACCGCAGGCCCCGGGCUAGGAGCCGCGGGACCCAGGGUUGGGGUCCCAACAGACACCCGCCCGUGCCGCGGAGCGGGCUUCUCGGUAAACAUCGCUCAGAGAACAACGCGCCUCUAUCCCAGCCGGUCCCCGCCCGCUGGCCGCCGGCGCUGUCACCUCGCGGCUGCCCGGUCACCCGAUCGCCAAGCCAGAAACCGGAGUUUUCAAUUUCAUCCUCACAGGAGGGAUCUCCGAAGAAGUUGAAAUAUGCAUUGUCACCAACAAGUUUAACUGGAGACCGCGCGUCCUUCCCUCCUCCCCAGCGCCGCGCGAGGGGGGCGCCCCAACCCCUCUACGCCCUCCCGUGACCCCCACGGCCCCCACGAGCAGAGCGCGCCCCCCGAUUCGCGCCCGAGGACGCGUCCGGUUGCCCAGGGAGGCCACCCUGCAGGGCCGCCCGCCGGGAAGUGGCCAGAGCCGGGGUGGGGGGGUCGGCCCGAGCGCAUGCGGGGGGCUCUGAGAGCUGCUCGGCCCCCGGAACCCCGAGCCGGGUCCCUGCCCGCCAGCACCGGGGCGACCCGAGCGCCCGGGGAAGCGGCGAGGGGCGCGCGAGGCUACCCCGAAGCCGCCCCGCGCCCAGGCACCCGCGCAGCCCCGAACUCAGGCGGCGGUGGCACGAUCGGCGCCCGCGAGAGAGUGCAAAGCCCGGAGCACGACCCCGCGUCCCCGCCGGCCCCCAGGGCCCUGCCGCCCGAGGCGCUCCCCGCCGCCGCCUGCCUACCUGGCUCGCAUGGCGUCCCCGCGGGCUCCUGCGGCUCCGCUGGUCGACCGGCGGCUCGGUCCAGCCGGGGGCGCGCGCGGCUCCGCGGGACUCACGGCGGCGGCGGCGGCGGUGGUGGCGAGGGGCCCGGACCGCCGAGAGUGCCGGGCGCGCUGGGCCCCCGCCUCGCCGGGCGGAGGGUGGUCCCGCGCCGGGGCAGGGGCGGGGGCGGGGGUCUGGGUCCCCGGUACCGAGCGGGUCUGGGUGCUGGCCCGCGCUCCUGUGCUCCCCCGCAUCCCCAUCUCCCACCCCUUCUCCAGGAACCCCUAGCGAGGACCCCUGGGGCGGUGCGGCCCCCCCCCCCCCGGGAGCGGGCGUGGGCGAGGGUCGCGCCGGGUUCGGAGACGUCUUACAACACCUUGGCGGAGGACCGUGGAGGGAAGGCAGGCGCGAGGCUGCGGGGGCCGGCGCGAAAGUUACACACUAACAAGAGGGAAGGCAGUCACGCUGCAAAUCAUAAAGGGAGGAAAGCUUCCUGCGAAGCGGAAUACAGAUUGAAGGGCUCUGGUCGGAAUAGUUUACACUUCGUCUGA